UCUUCGUUUCUCAACGGAAAGGAGGGAGGGAAGCUCCAGUUUCUCUUUUAGAUCUUCCCUCUGUAACGCGCUUCUUCUUCGGUCUCUCGAGUGAAACUGUAAAAUGAAGAUAAAUUGAAAAGAAAAAGUCUCGAGCUUUCGGAUCAAGUUACCACUCUUACUGGAUUUGAUGAUGUCUUUGAUACACAUGUUCCUCCUGUUCGUGGUGGGCUUUGUGAGCGUUGAAGCUGCUGCGGCGUCGUUUUCACCGGGAUCGCGCUCAAUUCUACGAGACAUCGGCAAUGUGAUGGACGAUCAGAAAGAUAACGCCGUGGAAUUGAACGCUACCAACUUUGAUUCAGUCUUCCAAGACACCCCCGCCAAAUACGCCGUUUUGGAGUUCUUCGCUCACUGGUGUCCUGCAUGUAGAAACUACAAGCCGCAUUAUGAAAAAGUGGCAAGGCUCUUCAAUGGACCAGACGCUGCACAUCCUGGCCUCGUUUUAAUGGCUCGAGUUGAUUGUGCAAUAAAGAUGAAUGCGAAGCUGUGUGACAAGUUCUCCAUUAAUCAUUAUCCAAUGCUCUUUUGGGCCCCUACCAGAAAGUUCGUUGGUGGCAGCUGGGGACCUAAACAAGACAAAAGUGAGAUCAUCGUGAUGGAUGAUUGGCGCACUUCUGAUCUUUUGUUGAGCUGGAUUAACAAGCAGUUAGGCAGUUCUUAUGGCUUGGAUGAUCAGAAAUUUGGAAAGGAGCAUCUCCUGCCAAAUAUAUCUGAUCACGAACAGAUAUCUCAGGCCGUAUAUGACAUUGAGGAAGCAACUGAAGAAGCUUUUGAUAUCAUUUUGUCACAUAAGGCAAUCAAGUCCUCUGAAACCAGCACUUCGUUUAUCAGGUUCCUCCAGCUUUUGGUGCCACAUCAUCCUUCAACAAGGUGUCGUAAGGGAAGUGCUGAAAUUCUAGUGAAUUUCGAUGAUGUGUGCCCAUCAGGCGAAUGCUCUUACGGCCAUGAUGAUUCCGGAGUGAAAAAAACCCUACGGAGCUUCCAUAUAUGUGGAAAGGAUCUUCCGCGUGGAUAUUACAUAUUUUGCCGUGGCAGCAAGAACGAAACUAGGGGAUUCAGCUGCGGAUUAUGGAUCAUGAUGCAUUCACUUUCUGUGAGAAUCGAAGAUGGAGAAAGUCAGUUCGCGUUCACAGCCAUCUGUGAUUUCAUCAACAACUUCUUCAUGUGUGAUGAAUGCCGCCAGCAUUUUCACGACAUGUGCUUAAGCGUGAAAACUCCGUUUAAAAAGGCACGUGAUGUCGUCUUGUGGCUGUGGAGCACGCACAACAAGGUCAACGAGAGACUCAAGCAAGACGAAGCCUCACUUGGAACAGGAGACCCCAAGUUCCCAAAGAUGAUAUGGCCACCAAAGCAGUUCUGCCCGUCGUGCUAUCUUUCCAGCACUCAGAAGAAGAACAUUGACUGGGAUCACGACGAAGUCUACAAGUUCUUGAAGAAGUACUACGGAGAGAGACUGGUGUCCUCUCACAAGAAAAUUGGAUCCGGUGGGAGCAAGGAGGAGGUGGUGGUUGCAGCUGUGGAAGAAAUGGCGGUUCCCACCAACGCUCUAGUUGUGCCGGUGGGAGCUGCAUUGGCGAUAGCACUUGCGAGCUGCGCGUUUGGGGCGCUCGCAUGCUACUGGAGGACACAGCAGAAGAACCGGAAGUAUUACCACAAUCCUCACUAUCAAAAGAGAUAUAACAGUAACUUUAUGGUUAUGAACACUUUCAGUAACAAUGAAAUCGAGAGGGAAAAGGAGAGGUGAAUUUAAGCUCACAUGUUUUGACAUUCAGGCAGAGAAACUAGCUGGAACUGAAGCUGAGCUUUUGCUUUUUUUGUCCGUAACUUACAGACAGAUAGAUACAAAGACGUUAGAGGUUGAGAUGCCAAAGUCUGCCUGCCUCAGUUCCCUUUUUUCUCUUACAGAUUUGUAUAGAUUCUUCUCUUCAGUUUUGGAAUAUACAUUAGACCAUUUCAUAUCUUUCUAAACCGACA